AUGGCUAUUAGUGUGAACAUUGAGUCUGUUGUCAUUAUAGGCAGUGGGCCUGCGGCCUUUUCAGCAGCUAUUUAUACGUCUAGGCACAGGCCCUUGAUACUGGCUGGAGACUAUUCUUCAUCCUCGCAGCAUCCAGGAGGGCAGCUAAUGACCACUACGGGGGUGGACAACUACCCAGGGUUUCCCGAGGGAAUUGAGGGCCCUCAAUUGGUAGAGGUCUUUAAGGCGCAUGCGGAAAAACAUGCCAGAGUGGAAGAGCUGUGGGUCAAGUCGGUGUCAAAGGAAAAUGACUGCUUUUUGCUAAGCACGUCCGAGGGAGUUAUCAGAAGCAAAGGCGUCAUUGUGGCCACCGGGUCUGUGGCCAGGAAGCUGGACACCCUUGGCGUGAGCGACUUCUGGCAGAAAGGAAUCAGCGCGUGCGCCACCUGCGACGGAUGGCUUUUCACAGACAAGGUGGUUGUGGUUAUUGGCGGUGGGGACACUGCAAUGGAGGAGGUGCAGUAUCUCUCCCUGAUAGCGAAGAAGGUUGUUUUGGUGCACAGGUCGGAAACAUUCCGGGCACGUCCGGAUCUUCUAAGCAAGAUCAGGGGCUUGGAGAACGUGGAGAUACUUCCGUGGAGCGUGCUUGUGGAGGCUGUUGGGGGAAAAACCCUGGAGAAUGUUAUGGUAAAGGACGUGCGAACCGGCGAAAUCGCGAAAAUAACCGCAGAAGGGCUGUUCUUUGCAAUCGGGCACGACCCCUCUACAAGCUUCCUCGAGUCUUUGCAGCAAGAGACAGGGAAGCCCAUCCUGCUAGAUGGCGGAUACAUUGGAGCAAACAAAGAAAGCAUGCAAACCGCGGUUGAAGGGCUUUUCGCUGCUGGGGACGUGCAGGACCACAAAUACCGACAGGCCAUAACAGCUGCCUACACCGGCAUGCUGGCAGGGCAGUCGCUUUCCAGCUGGCUGGACUCCAAAAAAUAA